UCAACGUAUAUUAUCUCAAGUGUAAGUUUGCACAUUUUUACAGAAGUAGCACACACUAAAGCUAAACAAAUCGUAACAAUGAAACUACAUACCAAUCGUGAAAAGUACUUAACGGACGCUACAACAACCGAUCAAAUAUUAAAACAAUACUUAAAAAGACACAACAUUGAUACAAUAGAUUUAUGGAAUAUAAAAUACAAUGAAACAACUGGGCGUGGAAUUUAUGCUACGGAAGAUAUUCCAUUAAAUACAACCAUCUUUGUGGAUUAUCCAUUAAUAUUAGGCACAAGAUACAGUUCAAAUUGUAAGCCAUUAUGUACAGUGUGUUUCAAGGAAGAUGUACAAUUAAUACAAUGUGCUAAAAAAUGUGGUUUACCACUGUGCUCAAACGAGUGUGCGAAUACCACAGUUCAUACGAAUGAUUGCAAUGUAGUACGAGAAUGGUUAGAAAAAAGUAGCCAUGAAUCAUUUGCAGUAUGGUCUUUGAAUUUAUUACGUGCUUUAACUGCAAUACGUGGUAUGGAAUUAAGUCCAACAGAUGUUGAAGUACUGUCGCUGCUACAAGGAAAUCAAAGUGCUCAACAAGGUGCUGAAAUUAAGUUAUUAAAAUUAUUAGAAUUGAAGAUUCCAAAAGAAGAUGAAGAGUUUCUACUAAGCACAUGCCAAAUAUUAGAUACAAACGCUUUUGAAUCAAUUUACGAAAGUAAUACCAAAGUCAGUUUACGUGGAUUAUAUCCCGUGAGCGCAUUGUUAAACCAUAAUUGUUCUCCAAAUACAACUCAUCUCUUUGAUAAAGAAGGUCGAAUGAUUGUUAAAAACACUCGUUUUAUUAGAGCAGGCGAAGAAAUUACAAUAACUUACACGAAUCUGUUAUGGGGUACAGUGACACGCCGUCAUAAUUUAUACAUGACCAAACAAUUUUGGUGUCAUUGUAAUCGAUGUAUGGAUUUAAAAGAAUUUGGAUAUCCAUUAAGUGCAUUAUACUGUACGGAUAUUAAUAAAUGUGAUGGUUUAAUGUUACCUAAGGUUAUAUCAAAUGAUAUUAGUGUACCUUGGGUCUGUACCUCAUGUGGCAAAAAAUCUUCCAGCAAACAAAUUGGUAUAUUUCAAUCAACGUUAAGUGCUGUUGUUAAUCCUUAUUAUUCAGAUACUGUUGAGAAUUUAAUAGAAUUUCUACAGAAUCGGAUAGAUUUAAGUAUCCCGAAUUGUAAUCAAUUGAUUGUUGAUUUAAAAUUACGUGUUGUUGGAAUUCUUGGACAUAGAUCUGGAUAUUUAUUUAAUGAAUUAUCAGACCAUCUGUUAGAAUAUAAAGAAAAAUUAUGCAGAGAAAUUAUAAAUAUUGUUGAGGUGCUACAACUAGGUGAGAAUAAAAUGAAAGGUUUUCUAUUACAAGAAUUAUAUUUAACAUUAAUGGAAAAAAGUCAACGAAGAAAUGAGAAAAAUACUAAAGAGGUAACUUAUGUUAAAGUUGCAGCAAUAAAAAUAUUGAGGGGUGAUUGUAGGUUGAUGAUUAAAGAUUAAUAUGAUUAUAUCUGAUGUUUUAUUCAGUAGUUAGUUGGAAUUGUAUAUAGUUCAUAAAACACGAAAGAAUCGAUGAUUCUAUGGAAAUUGCGUUUAGCUCACUACAUAGGCUGGAAGCGAACAGUAUACAAAACUCUGUGGACUGAUUUCUGUAUUAUAAUGUACAAUGUUUUAAUUACCUAUUCAAAGUUUCGAACCUAAGUUGUUCGAGGGAGCAUUAAGAGAGAAACCUACGUUACCUUUGCAAAAUUGUGGUGACGUACUUGAUUAUUUAACUCUCAAAUUUUAGCAAAAAUUAAAUAUUAUUUGCAUGACAAACACGACUUUUUCA